AUGGUUGUUCUAAAAAACGUGUUGGUUAUUUCUCCUAUAUUCUUUUAUAUAUUAAUACCUCAGAAUGAUAUUCAACAAAUUGUUAUUCAAAAACAAGAAAUCAUAUUCAAUGAGACAAAUAUAAUACCUUUUAGAUCAUUGGCACAAUCCUCCAUAGCACAUCCACCAAAAAGUCAUAAAAAGAAAAAAAUAAAUGAAAACUCCCACGAUUCCUCUAGUACCAAUAAUGAAAAUACUGAAAUGACACAAAAUGAAGAUUGCCAAUCAACAUCACCAAGAAAUGGAAGGGAAAAAUCAUCAAGAACUAAUCCAAUAAAACCAACUGAGAGUAAUGAGCAAAGACAUAACACAGGUCCAUCAAAUAAUGUAGAUAAUAAAACAGAUAUCUUUUAUAUGUUAAAUCGUUCCAGGAUAGAACAUGCAUAUCAUUUAAUAGACACGUUAGAUCUUAAAAAUCGUAUCAAAAAUGAUUUUAAAGUAUUUAUUUAUUUAUAUUUAACAAACAAAUAUGCAAGAAAACAAUAUGAGUUAUACAGAUCUAUUAAAAGACAUAUUAAAAAAUACCAUAAUCAUCCUGAACUUAGUUUUCUUAUAGAUUUUCCAAAUGUAGAAGAAGAACUUUAUUAUAAAUGUUACCCUCAGAGACAAAAAUAUAGACAAUAA